CACGCCUGGAACGCAGCUCCGCGGACUAUACUCGUCUGGGCCGCAGGCCGGGGGUGGCGGCCGCGGUCCCGACCCCGAGCCCGGCUCCGCGCCCCAGGCUUCCAGGCCGGCCGUGCUGGACGUUAGGGCUGUGGGAGAUGAAAUCCCUGUGGUUCAGGCCUCCCGGCGCAGGGUCCUGCUGUGGCUGCCCCAGGACAUCACACGGGGAGUGCUUCGCGCACCUGUAAACCCGGCUCUACUUUUUCCACAAGAGGAGAGGAUGGCUGCUGGGUACCUGCUGCCCUGGCCCCAGGAGUUAGUGACCUUUGAGGACGUGGCCGUGGACUUCUCUCAGGAGGAAUGGGAGAUGCUGGCGCCUGCUCAGAGGGACACCUACAGAGAUGUGAUGCUGGAGACCUGCUGGCACCUGGCCUCCCUGGAAAUCGUGAAGAACCCAAAUGCUGAGAAGGGCACUGAGGACCGUCUGUCUUCCUCAGUACAGACCUCUCAAGCCUGCAGCCCUCCCCCAUGGACAGGGCAUCCACCCUUUGGACUAGUGGCAUCUUUCCACCUGGAGCAAGGAGAAGCCGUGUGGGUGGUGGGGAAAGGAAGUCGCCAAACCCCCUGUUCAGAUUGGGAGACUAGACUGCAAAGCCAGGAGUCAAUUUACAAGAAGAUGAUUUUGGGGGAAGAACUACCCAAGGGUGUGAGUAUCAUAGAGCCCCCCAGAGAAACCUGGGGGUGUGGCCGACUUGAGAAGAUCCCUGAAGAACCCCAGAGGCUUUUGAGGCAAAUGGCAUACAUCCAAGUAAAGGCAUUUGCUCAGACAAAGGCUACUGUCUGGCGUGAAUUUGGCGAAAAUGGUCAUCUGAGCCCAGAACUUGUUUUAUUACAGGGAGGUUCUAUAGGGAAACACUUCUGUGACUGUGACCUAAAUAUUGGGAGUUUGGGAGCUGAUCCAUUCUUAAACCACCAUCAGACGGGAUGUGCAGAUCAGAGACCCUGUGAACAUGAGGAACCUGGAAAAGACCUCAGCCAAAAGAGUUACCUUAUCCAUCACAAAAGAACUCAAACUUCUACAUAUGCAGAACACAGGAAAUCAUGCAAUCGCACUAUGGCACUUAAAAUACAUGACACAACGAACACAGUGGAGAAGCCUUAUGAAUGUCAGGAGUGUGGGAAGGUGUUUAACCGGAGGCAUUCCCUGAGUGAACAUCAGAGAAUCCACACAGGAGAGAAGCCAUACGAAUGUCAGGAGUGUGGGAGGGCGUUUACACACAGCUCCACCCUCACUCGGCACUUGAGAACUCACACUGGAGAGAAGCCUUACGUGUGCAGCGAGUGUGGGAGAGCCUUCAACAGGAUUUCAUCUCUUACCCAACAUCAGCGGAUUCACACGGGGGAGAAACCUUAUAAAUGUAAAGACUGUGGGAAAUCCUUCUGCCAGAGUUCUUACCUAAUCUUGCACAAGAGAACGCAUACUGGCGAGAAGCCUUAUGAAUGUAGUGAAUGCGGAAAGGCCUUCAGCGAUCGGUCGUCACUUAACCAACAUGAGCGAACUCACACCGGUGAGAACCCCUAUGAAUGCAGUCAGUGUGGAAGAACCUUCAGCCAGAGGUCUUCUCUUGUCAGGCAUGAGAGAACUCACACCGGAGAGAAACCGUAUAGCUGCGGGGAAUGUGGAAAAGCCUUUAGCCAGAGCUCAUCCCUUAUCACACAUCAGAAGACACACUAGUCAGAAAACCUAUAAAAUGAUUGAUUGUGGGAAAGUUUUCUAUCAGAGUAGCCACCUUUUUGGAUCUUAGAGAUGGCCUGCUGCCCUGUAAGGUGCCUUUCAGCACUGCCCUACGUGAGCAUGGCCAGACUUUUCCCUUCUGAUGUGCUGCUUGAAAAGAAGCAGGCUUAUGCCACCUUCUUGAAAGAAAGCACUGGGUUCUAGAUCUCAGAAGGGGCCUCUUAAUGAGCAACAUUGACACUGAGCUCUGCCCAGUGAGCUCCGUCCUCUUGUGAAAGAUUGAUAAGUGGGGUGGGAUUUUGCUAAGAGUAACCACGUUAAUUUAGUUAUUGAAACAAAAGUUACUCGCUUUCAGUUCUUUGUUUCAAAAUGCAGUGUCUUUGUUUCAAUAAUCUGUUCUAAUAUUUUACUUAAUCAUUCUGGUUUGGUCACUUAACUAGGGCCUGAUUUUUCUCAUGCACUACUCUGGCAAUGCAGAGCAUAUGCCCAGACAACGAGUUUUGGGUGCAAAGUGAAAAAUAAAGAGUGCUAAAUGGUAUAUGCAGUUCUGUCCAGUGAAGUCAAAAUAUAUACAUAAAUGGACAUAUGCCAGACAGAGAUGUGGAGAAAUGAACAGAGUUUGUGAGACUUAAGUGAUGGUGUUUGAUUUCCUGUCGUUGGCCAUUUUGUUCGGCACUUCUGUCAUCAUUCUGAUAAGUAAAAGGAAACAACCCAAAGCAAUAUUAAGUUUCAUUGAUCGGUUAGGAAGGAGGGUGGAUAGCAAGAUGGCAAGGAUAAAGUGCCGCAGGCCUUGGGAUAGGGAGAGGUAGAGCGGCGACCUUUGGUGGCCUGGGGAAAGUCCCAACUGUGAGAUAGCCUUGCCUGAGUAGGGACCAAGAGCACCCAUAUGCAUCCUCAUUGCCCUCCCCGUUAACAUUUAUGGGGUGCUCACUAUGUUCUCCGCUCUAUUCUAGCGCUUACAUGUGCUUCCUCAUUUAACCUUCUCACCAACCCCUUGAGAUAGUAGCUGUUUCUAUCCUCCUAUUACAGAAGGAGAAACAGAGUAUCUUGUCCAGAGACACACAACUAGAAGGUAGUGGAAUCUGGAACUGUGCUUGAGCCUCCUGUACAAGGCCAAUGCCCAUUGGUGAGGAGGGACACAGGGGAGCGGUAGUCUCCUAAUUCUCCCUUAGCCGCCUAACAUUCAUCUGAAUCUUCUUCCCUGGAGCUGAUGAGGGUGGUUCCCACCAGAUCUUUCAUUCAAGUGGGUGGGACCUGAUCAUAAACAUUGUAGCCUUUCCCUAAAGCAGAGACCCCUUAUCUGGGGUCUGUGUAGACUCCUCUAGGCUGAUGGAUGUUUCCUUAAGGGUUCUAUGAACAACCUUUCUGCUGAAUGCAAAAUGUAUCUUGGGCGCAUACAUACUUUCUGGGGAAAAUGUUUUCAGCUUUCACCUUUGUAAGAAUAGUUGGCUUAGAGGUGUCAUGACUGCACUGUUUUCCAGUCUGGAUCUCUCCUUCCCCCCAGCAAUUGUUUAUAGAGAAUCUGAACUCUCUGCCAGAUGGCCGCGUAUAACACAGAUGAGGUGUCUGCCUUCACUGAAUAUAUAUUCCAGUGGUGAGGAAGCCAGACAGCUUCAUGAGUUGCAGUCUGUGCAGUCUCCCAAGGCUACACUCUCAAAAAGAUCCUGUGAUCGGUUGAAUAUUCUGCUUUAUCCAUCUCUAUUCUUGAUACUUUUGAACAAAGGCCUCCCCUACAAUAUCUUCAUUUUUGCAGCAAGCCCUGCACUUUGUGACACUUUAUGACCUAUAACAGAGUGAGGGACAGAGACAGAUGUUAAACAAGUAACCAGAUACUGUAAUGAAAUAAUUACAGGUUUGGGUAGAUGCUCCAGAGGAUGCAAAUGGGACGCUGAUGUAAUAGAUAAUAUGAGAGGGACCAACCUUAGGUCCUUGAAGACCUGAAUUUAAUUUGAAACUUGAGUCACUGUAGCAUCCAAGAUGAAGACUUUAACCAGUGGAGAGCUUCAGUUUAGCUUCAUUUUCACAUGUGGUUUUAUGACCAUUAAAAAAAUUUUUUUUAAAUAAAUAAUAAAAAUGAAUAAAUAUUUAGUU